CUUUUACGCAUGGAUAGGCUACACAUAAAGUUGCAGCGGAGAGUACUGGAGGGAAAAAACCUUCGCGCGAGUUUUGUAUAAAGCCUAUAAGUUCAGCUCAUGGGUCGCUUAUUACACCAACAAUCUCGGAAUACUUUCUUGAAGUUAAAACGGUGAAUGUUGUUUGAAUAAAACGCCUGUGAACUGACCACUGUAGUUCGUAUGGCUGAUAAAGGACCAAUACUGACUUCAGGUAUAAUUUUUUACCUGUCAAUUGGAGCAGCAAUAUUUCAAAUACUAGAAGAGCCAAACUGGAAGUCAGCCGUAGCUGACUAUGAAAUUAAAAAGGACAAACUUCUCCAAAAAUAUCCUUGUUUGUCGAAGGAAAAUCUGGAGGAGAUUGUGAAGGCCGUGACAGAGUCUGCUGGACAAGGCGUGUCCAUCGCAAGCAAAAACUCUUUCAAUAACUGGAACUGGCAGAAUUCCGUGAUAUUCGCUGCCACUGUAAUAACAACAAUAGGUUAUGGCAAUGUGGCCCCUAAAACAGUGGGGGGUCGGGUGUUCUGUAUCCUGUAUGGACUGUGUGGCAUUCCCCUCUGCCUCACAUGGAUCAGUGAGGUUGGCACGUUCUUCAGCGGUCGCACCAAACGCAUCAGCCAGGUGCUGUUACGGAGAGGCCUUACACCAAGAAAAGUCCAAUGUACCUGCAUUGCCCUGUUCUUAUUAUGGGGUUUGAUAUUCCACCUGGUCAUCCCUCCAUUUGUGUUUAUGGACAUUGAGGGAUGGUCUUAUCUGGAGGGAUUUCACUUCUGCUUCACCACUCUCACCACAGUGGGCUUCGGGGACUUUGUUGCAGGUGUGGACCCAGACAUCGAAUACCCAACUCUGUACCGGUUUAUUGUGGAGGUUUGGAUCUUCAUGGGACUGGCCUGGCUGUCCUUGUUCUUCAGCUGGAAUGUCUACAUGGUGGUGGAGGCCCACAAGGUGUUUAAGAAGCGCCGGUACCAGCGGCGGCACCGAUUCUCGCUCGAGGAGCGCCGACAGCACGAGGAGACUCAGGUGUCGGUCCACUCGCAUGGCGCGGCCGAGCCGAAGCCCAGUGUCAUUGACAUCUUCAACUACCUGACAGUGCGGGAGGAGGACUAUGGUGCCAUCAUCAAGCAGAUUGGCUCCGAGCCCAAUACGGAGAGGAAGAAAAAGAAGAAGAAGGUGACCAUCCAGGAGGUGACCAUCCAGGACGUGCCACGCUCCAAGAGCUGCAACGACAUCCUCAAUGACAUGGGCGUCAUCAUGACGCUCGAGCACUCGCCCCGUCUCAAGCGGCGCUUCAGCAUCAGCGACAACAUCUUCUCCAUCGUCUCCAUGGCCAAAGGGUCAAUAGUGCCCGACACAGAGCACGACGAGAAGCAGGUUCUCCUGGAGGACUCAGGUGAAGACCAGAGCCCAGAGGGAAACUCCCCAGAGAGCAGCUCACCGCAGCAGGAGGACAUUGUUAAACGCUGGUGCUCGUGGGACAGCACAGAACCCAACCCAACAUCAACACAGAGCCAAAAUGGCACGGCAGAACAGGAAGUGAAGACAAAUAAAGAGGAAGUGGAGGAUGGCAGUGAGAACAGGUUCACUGUGAGUAAAGUGGCAGAAGAUGCUCUUAAAGAAGAGGAGGAGGAGGAGGGUGAAGGAUGACAUUGAAGUAGGCUGAACACCUCUGUGUUUAAAACUCUGGUAUAUUUCCAGCGGGUUGCUUUUGCUGUGCACAUUCACAUUAGCAGCUAUAGAAGCUUUAUACAGCAAAUAUUACAGCGCUCAGAUUCUGAACAUCUCUUGGAAGACUUUUGUUAAGCGCUGGUCCAGAUAACUAGAUCGUGUAACUGUUAUAUCAUCCCAUAAAUUUGUGGCCUGAAAAAUACCAAUAAUGACAUACUCCUGCCAUUUGGUAGUGAAAGAUCUGAUUUGUGUGACAACAGAUAUUUAAGCCCCAACUUCAUAACUGAAUUAGAAUCACAAGUUUUGAGUUUGAUGGAGUUCUUGCUCUAGUGGUGCCAAGGACUGCAUAUGCUUAAGCUGCUAUGUUUCAGUUUACAAGAGCGUCUUGGUUGUUCUUGUCUCACAAAAUAUUGUUUUUUCGGGUUUUCAGGUAGUGGGAGUGAAUCAGGUAUGAGCCCAGAAAAACCAUGAGCAUUUUGAGCUAAUGUUAUUUUCAGACAUAAGAAUUGUUUCUUUCACACACAUUCACAAGUUAUCAGUUAAUGAAGUGAUCUGAAGUCACUGUCAACAUACUUUUAGCAAGGGUGACCUUUGCAACCAAAUAUUCUUGGUUGAGAGCCUAUGGUUAGCUUGGCAGAUUCUUGUCUGAAUGAAACUUCUUGUAAACAUUGGAACUGUUGCCAAGUAUAGUCAGGACCAGAUUUCAGGAUUCUGUAACCCUGUAGGCAUUUUUGAGGAAAAGUUGUUAUACAGCAUUUUUAGAUAGUUCAAAUUGUCCUUAAUACAAAUCCACCAUAUAACAUUUUUUUAGGUCCCCAGUUUCUCGGAAUUUUCAUUCAAAAAUAGAUGCCUUGCACUCAGGUGAGAAAAAUACUGGUAGAUAGGGUAACAUUUUAAACUUUUAUGUAUCACCACAAAACUUUCCCAUUUUGUCACUUACAUUAAGACAAGUAUUUUUUGUAUUACAAGUUUUCUGAAAUGUAAUGUUUAAAUAUGCAAAUGAGGCUUAAUCUACUGAAAUAUGCGCUAAUAUGCAUACAUUUCCAAAUUUGACAUGUACACAUUGGAUGAAGCCAUUUGAGGGUAAAAGUUGUUAUACAUGAUAUUUUGAAGGUUCAAUGUCUCCUGAAUAUAAAUCCACUAUAUAACAUAUUCAUUAGGGUACCGGUUCUUAAUAUUUUGUACUGAAACAAUAUGCGUCUCAGACACUUUCAAACACCACCGUAUGGAGGUAGUGACAUGAGUUGAGGAACAAGUGAACUUUUCUUCCAUUUUCCAUCCCAUGGCCUCAGGGGGUGGCAGAAUUGGCUGCUGCAUGUGGGCCUGCCGCCAAACCAAAGCCUGGGAGUGAGAAUGCUGAAUAUGGAAGUAGAGAGAAUUUCUGGUUGGUGGCAGUCUUUCUAUUGUCAUGCCCUUCACAAACAUGCUUACUUGAACGUCGUUGAUGUUGUCAACAUUCAUUGCUCCAUACAGUUUGCAGAAAAAACGUUCUACAUUCUGAAUGGUGAGUUCACUAAGAUCAGGACCUUCACCAAGCCCCUUUAACAGAUGAUGAUGCUGUACAAAUACAUCCCAACAUGACUUUUUUGUGCGUCCAGCAAUGUACAAAGUCACUAACAGUCAAGCACAUGAAAACCUGGAAGCAGAUCGAGGACCUGUGGUUCCAUCUGCAAAUGUUCCACUAUGGCAUGAAGUGGAAUGUACUUUCUGUCCUUUGCUGUACCUGUCUUCAUCCAGAUCAUGUGGAAAUGGGCCAUCAGCAGUACCAAGAUGUCGGUGUCUCUCGCUGAGACAACAAUAUUUGAUGCGUUGCUUCUAAUGCAGUGAAGAACAAUUCUUGUGUCUGCUUCUUCAUGCUUGGCUUCCAAGCAGUCAGUGUUAAAGGUUGAAUUAGAGGCUUCAACUCUCUCUUCAUCACUGAAGCCACCUGUAGCAACUAUGAUCUUAUUUGCUGGAGCUCCAAGAAGCUGUCCAUUUACAUCUGCCAGAGACAAGUGCACAACAAAUAGUUCAUGCAUCAUAAUGGUGUCAAGAUUGACUGGGCGCCCUGCAUCAUAUGCAGCAAUGAGGCGUUGCAGAAUGUUUCGGUCUGCCUUGACAGUUUUCACCUUUUCAGUUUUUAGAUCUGACUUCUUAACUUCAAACAAAGACACAAAUGUUAAAUACUUGUUUUUUUUAAGUUUGUCCCUGAACGAGACUCUCGCCCCUCCCCCAGAUGGCAACAGCCUCUCAACAACAAAUGUAUCUAAUUGACUUUGACCUUUCUGUGGUGCUGUCAACAGCUCGCUUUCAAUAUCCUGCGUGGCCAAGUCUUUGUUUGCAAUGUGUUGCAGGGUCUGGGACAGGUUGGCAAAGAAACGGCCAAACCUUUGCGUUUUUACUGGUUUAGGAAGUUGGUGCAUUUCAUUCAGGUAGAUAGUGCCCCACCGUGCAUAAUUGAUGUGGUUAUACCGCAUGAAAAAGGGCAACAUUUUCUGGAAUGCACAAAGGUGCAGAUCCUAGAUUCCAUCCCUCUGUGCACGAAUGAAUAAUGUUCGAGUUAUGUAGGAAGCCUGAUAAUAGUACAAGCAAAGUGUCCAGUUGUGUCAAGCCGCCUUAGUAUUUUAAAACUAGCCAUUUUGAUGCGAUCAUAGUAGUACCCCUAGCCUAAGUUUGGAAAUGUGUGCAUAUUAGCGCAUAUUUCAGUAGAUUAAGCCUCAUUUGCAUAUUUAAACAUUACAUUUAAGAAAACUUGUAAUACAAAAAAUACUUGUCUUAAUGUAAGACACCAACUGGGAAAGUUUUGUGGUGAUACAUAGAAGUUAAUUUUUUUCCCUAUCUACCAGUAUUUUCUCGCCUGAGAGCAAGGCAUCCAUUUUUAAAUGAAAAUUCUGAGAAACUGGGGACCUAAAAAAAAAAUGUUUACGGUGGAUUUGUAUUUAGGACCCUUUGAACUGUCUAAAAAUGCUGUAUAUCAAUUUUUCCUCAAAAAUGCAAUUGAUGCUUCAUCCAAUGUGUACGUGUCAAGUUUGGAAAUGUGUGCAUAUUAGCGCAUAUUUCAGUAGAUUAAGCCUCAUUUGCAUAUUUAGACAUUACAUUUCAGAAAACUUGUAAUACAAAAAAUACUUGUCCUAAUGUACGUGACAAACUGGGAAAGUUUUAUGGUGAUCCAUAAAGGUUUACAUUUUUACCCUAUCUACCAGUAUUUUCUCGCCUGAGAGCAAGGCAUCCAUUUUUGAAGGAAAAUUCUGAGAAACUUGUGACCUAAAAAAAAUGUUAUAUGGUGGAUUUGUAUUUAGGACCCUUUGAACUGUCUAAAAAUGCUGUAUAACAAUUUUUCCUCAAAAAUGCAAUUGAUGCUUCAUAUUUAGACAUUACAUUUCAGAAAACUUGUAAUACAAAAAAUACUUGUCCUAAUGUACGUGACAAACUGGGAAAGUUUUGUGGUGAUCCAUAAAGGUUUACAUUUUUACCCUAUCUACCAGUAUUUUCUCGACUGAGAGCAAGCCAUCCAUUUUUGAAGGAAAAUUCUGAGAAACUUGUGACCUAAAAAAAAUGUUAUAUGGUGGAUUUGUAUUUAGGACCCUUUGAACUGUCUAAAAAUGCUGUAUAACAAUUUUUCCUCAAAAAUGCAAUUGAUGCUUCAUAUUUAGACAUUACAUUUCAGAAAACUUGUAAUACAAAAAAUACUUGUCCUAAUGUACGUGACAAACUGGGAAAGUUUUGUGGUGAUCCAUAAAGGUUUACAUUUUUACCCUAUCUACCAGUAUUUUCUCGACUGAGAGCAAGCCAUCCAUUUUUGAAGGAAAAUUUGUAUUUAGGACCCUUUGAACUAUCUAAAAAUGCUGUAUAACAACUUUUCCUCAAAAAUGCCUACUGCCUCUUUUCUGAGGCCUUUUUUCAAUGUUUGGUCCAGACUAGUAUGGACUUGUGCAAGGGAGGAGCUCCUGACAUACUCAAGUGCUUGCAAUCCGAAAAAGGAUUCUUCAAAGUUUAGGUUUGUACAUUUGUUUUUUUAGGGAGCUGGGGUGUUUGACAUGAUUUUGCUCGUGCAUUUGGUACUUUCACUGUUCCCUAAUGCAGAUAUAGUUCAGUGCAUUCAUGUGGUUUACUGAUUUUAAGUUGUGUCAAGAACAGCGGUACUGAGAACUAAGUUCUACAUUGUUUCUUAUGUUAUUUACGCUUAUUUUUAUAAAACAUGGUGUGAACUGGAAAAACUUACAUGUAUUU